AUGUGCUUGAGCAUUGGAAUAAGCGACUACUCUAAACUUGAAGGCUAAAAUAAUUUGAUUUCAGCAAGUUUUGAUUCAAGAAAAGUCGCUAAUAAAUUCAAGGAAUAGGGAUUUAUGACUACACAUUUGCUUGAUCUAUCUUCUUAGGAUUUAGAAAAACAUUUAAUGGAAUUUCAAUAACUUUGCUAUUCAGCCUCAAGGUAAAAACCUAAAGCUUUUUACGCUAUAAUCUAUAUUCAAGGUUUAACUCAGCUAGCUGAGAAUGCAAAAAAAGAAAGCAAUCACUAUGAUUAUUCAGAAAACAGUUUAGAUAUUUUAUUGUCAGAUAAUACUUGGAUAAAUCUGGUUGAUACCUUUCAAGAAAUGUUUAAGGAUACUCCGAAUAUAAACUAUUUAUAUUUUCAAGACGGUGUAUCAGUUGAUGAUCAUACUUAUGGGAGAAUCAGAUAGAACUAUAACAGCAUAAGCAAAGUUACUUCUAAUGUAGUUUAUGCAAUUUUUUCUGGGAAAUUUUCAAUCGGAAAUUUUUUAGCUAAUUAAAAUCAUGCUUGGGCUACUGAUUAUUUCCUUCUAAAGCAUGAAUAAAUGCCAGUAUUGCAGAAACACUAAGAUCCUAAAAAUUUUGAUGCAUUUGUGGUCAUGAAAGAGAUAUAAGAUUUAUUACUUAAGCACCUGACUGUUGGCUAAAAUCUUUAUGGAUUUGAGAUUUAAUUUAAUCUGAUUAAAAAAUUCUUUACAGCAGUAUAAAAACAAUAAGAAGAGAAACAGUUAGUGAAAAGGAUUACACUAAUGGAUUAUAUAGAUAUUAAUGCAAUUUCUAAUCAAUAUUGCUAACUCUAGGAUUUGAUGUAGAUUUGUAAUUAUACUGAUCUGAGAAUGAUUGAUUUACCAAAUAAUAAUACAAAGUUUCAGCAUCUAGUUUUAAUUUAUGGUACAUAGUUAAUACUUCUCUUUGACUUAGUGACAAGAAAGUAGUUCGACAAGUAUGAAAUUCAAGAGAAAUAUUUCGAUCAUACUGAUUAAAAGAAAUUCAAAUUCAUUAAAGUCAUACCAGCUAACCAAAAUGAUUUGUUUGCUUUAACCAAUAAAAACGAAGUAUUUCAUUUUAUCAAUUACAAACAUGCAAAAUUUACGAAACUUAAUAGAAUUCAGCUCUUCAUCUAAAGUAAAGACUAGAAAUUGAAAGCAACUGAGAUUUGUGCCACUACUCAUAAAGAAUUUGUUGUAGGUCUAUCUAAUGGUACAAUCUAAUUCUAUUCAGAAAAAUCUCGUCAAUACUAAGUGGGAGCUCAUUACACAUGCAGAUAAUUCUACUCGAUCUUUACUAAUGAAUGCAAAAUUUCAACAAUAAUUAGCAACUAUACUUUGAAGCCUUAAUCUAAGACUUAGUCGGAAGAUGAAGAAUAAUUGGAGUUGACAAUAGGAGGAGUUGGAAUGUAUUAAGAGGGUUUUUAUUUACCUCCUUAAAUUACUGAACAUCACAUGAAAAAAGAGUAGAGUCUGGUUAAAUUAACAUGCAAUAGGCCACUAUAAAUCAAGAAUAAUAACAACCAGUAUAAGAUUAAAAUGAAUACUAGCUACAUAGGAGAUAGAAAAGAUGUUCUUGAGGGAUACGUAUUACCUGAUGGCUCUAUAAUGCUUUAAAGGUAUUUUAAAGGUUAGAAUUCACAGUGCAUGCUAGCAAAUAAUAGCGUUUCUUAUUAAGACCCAAAUACCUUGGCAACAAAACUAUCAGUUGGAUUAUGUCCAUUCAAAUGGAGUUUAUAACCUCAAAUUCCUCCUAGCAUCAUAUACACUAGUCCUAAUUAAAUAAAGAUGAGAUUUGGGUCGAAAUAGAAAAUAUUUACAAUAUUCUAAAUGUACUAUGAAUAACAAUUCAACUUUUCCUCAGGUAUUAUCUGGACAUCAAACGACCAAAUUUACGCUCUUAGUGAAAAUUCUGAAUCAUCUAUGAUUGCUACAUUUUCUAUUGAUAAAAAGGCUUUUGAAGAUUUGCUAUGA